UGAUGAUAGUAGUAGAUUUACAAACUACUUUAUAAUUUGUUGUGUAGUAAUUUAAUAUGAUGCAUGUAGUCAGGAGUGUUUAUUAGUUUAAUCAUAUUUGAAGGUUACCUCUAUUAAUUUAAACCAAAAAGUAGACAUAUUUAAUUCCCUCGAAUGAUGUUAAUAUAUUUACUAUUUAACAAGUCUUUUAAUUCUAGCUAUUUUAGUAAUGUUAUAUUCAGCCAUAACUCAAAUUUCUCAUGCCUUAUUAGAUGAUAAUGGUAUAUUUAUCUAAAUACAGAAAUUAGGUAAUGGAAAAGUACCUAUUAUUGAUCCACAUGAUUCUGAUUGGUAUAGAUUAAAAAAGAUUUCUCGAAUAAUUGAAUAUUCUACCUGCACAAUAGUUCUUAUUAUACAAAUAUUAAUUGGGUAUAAAAAGAAAAAAAGCCUCAAUAAAGAUCAAAUUAUUGAGAGUCUUAUUGAGAAUGAUGUAAUAAGCAUUAUUUAUUAGUAAAAAGCAAUACUUGAUUACGUCAUUAGAACCCACAACAUAAAAGUACCAUCAAAAUUAAGUUACAUAAACUUAAGGUAAUUCUCAUAUGAUAAAUACUUUUGAAUCAAAAAAUACUUAAUAGAUACUAGCAAUACAAAAAUUAAACAAUAAUAAUAAUAAUAAUAGUUCAUGA